CACAAGCUCCCGAGGGACAGAGCCAAUGCUAUACAACUAUCCUUCGGUUUAUCGCCGUAAAGAAACUUCGCACCCCCGGGGCUCUCACCCGAUAAACGCCGGCUCAUCCUGUGCAACACAAGCCCAAAGCCAUCUCCCCAAACAAUCAAGUCCCAGAAAGCCACAUCAUGCAAACAAUUUUACAUCAAAAGCGCCAUGUAAUACGAAUACAUCAAUCCCGCCCGACACUAGAAAGUCUCGUUUGACAAUGACGCAGGAGACUAGCGUCGGAACGUUAGUGAUGCUCAGUGGAGUCGACCGUUAGGGCUUCCGAGACUAUGCAGGACUAGCUCCUCCAUGCAUGGCCCCCAUGUCUAACGGCGCAGAGUCCGACCAAUAAUGCAAUGCUAUAGUAGAUUACGUGACGAGACGAAAGAGUACUGACAUGGGUGUUUGUCCGGAACCACUAGAUAUUAAUAUCUGGGGUCCCGUCGGUGAAGGGGGUGGUGCGGACGUCUUCCGAAACUGUGCGCUUGCUGACGGUUUUUGUGAUGUCGCGGCAUACUGAUCUUAAUGUUGUGGAGGUUGAUACUGAUGCUGAGUCGGGGUAUGGGGAGAGUGCGCAGUCAGAUUAUACUUCGCUACGCAGCAGUAUCAUGAACUAUCACUAUGAUAAUGGGCGACGCUACCAUGCCUACCAUGCAGGAUCAUAUUGGGGCCCCAACGACGAAAAAGCUAUGGAACAACUAGAUAUAGGCCACCACGUCUUCAACCUCCUCCUAAACGGAAAUCUUUAUCUCGCACCGAUCCCAGAGGACGUCGAACAAGUCCUCGACAUCGGUACAGGAACCGGCAUAUGGGCUAUUGACUUUGCAGACGCUCAUCCUACGACAAGAGUAAUCGGAACAGAUCUUUCCCCCAUCCAACCAACCUGGAUCCCACCAAACCUCCAUUUUGAAGUCGACGACUGCUGCGACGACUGGGUCUACGGCAAAGACAGCUUCGACUUCAUCCACGUCCGCGGUCUGUACGGGUGUGUAGCAGACUGGGAUAAAUUCUACAAAGAAGCCCUCAAACACCUAAAACCAAACAGCUACCUAGAACAAGUCGAAGUCUCGGUAGUCCCGAAAUCCGAUGACGGCAGCACAAAUAACACCAUCUUCGAAGAAUGGGGUAGAGUCUCACUCCAAGCAGGCGACGCAUUCGGGAAAACGUUACGCAUCGUGGACGAAGCGAAAGAGAAAAUGAUCAAUGCCGGGUUUGUAGAUGUACAGGAACACCGCUUCAAGUGUCCAGUCGGGCCGUGGGCGAAGGAUCCCCGGCUAAAAGUACUGGGUAAAUAUAAUCGGUUGCAGUGGGAGAUGGGGAUUGAGGGGUGGAGUAUGAUGCUUUUGACGAACUUUUUGAAUUGGACUCGUCAGGAAGUAGAGGUAUACCUCGCGCGCAUGCGCCAGGGACUACGGGAUCCGAGUAUUCAUGCUUAUCAGGAGAAGUACGGUAGUAGUAUAUGGCCGCAAACCACCCAAUCCAGAAAACCAACAAUAAUGCUUCCUAACUUUACCUUAUGAUAUCACUAGGGAGUCUAGAACACGCCCUACAGCGUCAUAUCCAUAGCUUAAUGAAGAGAGUUUACUUUAAGCUAGAAAUAAAAGUAAGACGCCGCCGCUGAUACCAUCAUGCUGCCUGACCAUGGUAUCUCGAGAUGAUGGAUCCAAGGAUCUUGGGGAUGCGUAUGAUGUCAGCGGCAGAUACUUCCGGUUGGGUUGUUUCACAUGUAGAUCAGCGGCGGGCUGGGAGCUUGGGUAUGGGUUGUUCUGGAUUGUUACUUGACUUGGUAGUUAGGGUGGGUUGGUGCUGGUGCUGGUGUUGUUGGUGAGGGUUGUGUCUUGGAUGGGAAGUAGGCUGGGGUUUGUGAUAUCCUGGUUUUUCUGGAAUGAUGUUUGUAAAGAUGAUGUGGCAAUUCUUGAGGGAUGUAGAGUUUGUUAGAGUAA